AUGGCCGCAGCAGCAGCAGCAGCAACAGAGACGAAUAGCACAAUUCCACAUACACGGCGGCAGAAUGCACUUGCCGAUAUCCAAUUCGCAUCUAUUGUCGACGACGACCUCACGCCCUCGGAAGAUGAAUCGCCCGAGGAGGAAUUGCUGCAGCUGGAGACGGUCCAGUCGGCCAUUGGCAUCAGUAUAGGAGAGCAGCAGACGCACCUCAAGUCUCCCAAAACGCCGGCUGCAGAGAAGGCCGCCGCGUUGGACGAGACUGACGGUGGCGCUCUUUUUGAGGGCUUCGAGGACCGGACCGAGAUAACAGGGCGCAAACCGUCCACCCCACGCAUACCAUCGUCCGAUAGCGAGGGUGAAGGAGAGAACAGUGCUGCUAUUUCGCAACAGCAGGCGCAACUCGGCCGUGAGCAAACGCGGGAUGCAGACUCACGGGCGCGCCUUCCCUCCCCGUGGCGGGCAGGAGCAAAGACCUUCCAGGAGAGAGUCAGCGACCACCGCUCCCUCUUGCGCCAGAAUCUGAGCAGCGGACGGCGACGCGCUUCCUCCGGCAGCUCAAUGGGCGAAACUGUGCGCAAGUACAUGCCCUUCAACCUUCCGUCUAUGCCUAAGACCUACCGCGACAUACACUUCAGCCUGCCCAGCUUCUCCGCCCUGUCUCUCGAUGGCCAGAGUGCCCCGGGCACCGCUGACCGCAAACGACGCGGGACCUUUGCACACAGCCCGAGCCUGAGUGGCAUCCCGCAGCAGGACGGCAGCGACCAAUCCACCCUCCAUACCCGCAACAGUCCCUCGCAGGACGCCACAACACCGCCACCACAGGCCGCCACAGCACCCAUACUGCAGCACGACUUCGGCACAGACAGCGAGUCGACGAUAGCUCCCCGGCCGUCGCUCCGACCUUCGACCGAGCGACCAGCGCCUAGAUUGCGCCGGUCCAACUCAGAAGGCUCACUGCUUGUCUACCGGACCAAGUCUUUUGCCUCCUCCCUGGGCGACGACAGCCGCUUCGAAAGUGUGCAGGAGCAGGUCAACAGCAGGCUCAAGGCGAUACGGGACAGCUGGCAAGAUGCCAACUUCAAAUUCCCAAGCCCGACCUUGCCUAACUUUAGCUUCAACUACAGGGACGACCGCUUCAAGAGCCGCUACGGCAGCACGGCUCCCAGGCCGCGAGAGACAGACGACGACACCACGCACAAGGUCAGCCUGCGCCCACGAGUGCUGGCAUCGGCCUCACUCGGGUCCUCGACGAAGCCAAAGACGAAGCGGCCGAGCAACUCCACUGCAGCCGAUGGCGAGACACACCCGUUCUUCACACAGGCUCUGCACGAGCUCGAAGGCGACCUAGUCGUACUCGGAGGCUACCGCGGCUCAAUUCUGCGCUCCGCCGAGCCACCCCAUCGGCAGCUGUGGGUUCCUAUCAAGGUUGGUCUGAACCUGCGCAAGGUCGAUCUCGAGGUGCCUUUCGAUCCAGAAGCCGACGAGCGCAUGGAAGAGACCAUAAUACCCAGCGGCAUGCUGCAACACAUCGGGCCGGUCGAUAUCUCCAAGCGGCUGUUCAAACGUCUUCGAGCAUGUGACAAUGCCAAGAGUGGGAAGCUGCGGGUGCACGAUUAUGGCUACGACUGGCGUCUCUCUCCACAUUAUCUCAGUCGCCGCAUGAUCGCCUUCCUGGAAUCGCUUCCGUGCAAUCAUCCAAGCGUUCCGCGGGAGAAGCGGGGUGCCAUCGUUCUGGCUCAUUCGUUGGGAGGUCUGAUUACGCGUCAUGUCAUCAACCAACGACCCGAUCUCGUGGCUGGAGUCGUGUAUGCGGGUGUGCCUCAGCGAUGCAUCAAUAUCCUAGGACCCUUCCGCAACGGCGACGAUGUGCUCUUCUCAUCCCGCGUGCUGACUGCACAGGUCAACUUCAGCAUACGCACAUCCUUCGCGCUCCUCCCUCUCGAUGGCAAGUGUUUUAUCAACAAGCACACCAAGGAGGAGUACCCGAUCGACUUCUUCGACCCCAAGACUUGGUCUGAUUAUCGCCUGUCGCCAUGCAUGGGCCCUGCGCUGCCACGGCCAGACGCACCCAAAGAUGGCAACCUGAGCGUGAGCGGCCUUCUUAACGCCAUGUCACAAGCAUUACCUACAUUUCCGAGCCGCAAAUUUAGCAUGUCGAAGAGCUCGCAAGCAAACAGCCAAGGGACCAGUUCGUCCGCUGGAGAUGCCGUCAAAGGCGCCGCAGACGUUGCUCGGAACGCCGCAGACAAGGUUACCGAAGGCGGCGCGGACAAUGCAGGCAUGAGCCCACAAAUGGCACAAGGGCAAGAAUCAACCACGCAACACAUUUCCUCAGAGCCAAACCCCGCAACCGCAGUCACAAUACCCUACGACAAGGCUGUCGAAUACCUCACACGAACCCUCGCCGAGAUCAAGCGCUUCAAGCAGGAACUCGACCACAUGCCCGCGCACACUGAAUCCAACGCCUACCCACCCAUAGCACUCAUUUAUGGCAAGACAACGCCAACAGUUUACGGCGCCAAAGUCGAGUCUCGCGAAGCCAUUCCCCGCGCAGACUGCUACGACGAACUGGCAUUUGCUAGCGGCGAUGGCGUUGUCCUCGCACGUGCUGCCAUGGUGCCCGAGGGAUACUCCGUUGUGCGUGGCGGAGUCGUGUCCAGCGAUCGCGGACACAUCACGCUACUUGGGGAUUUGGAAGCUGUGGGAAAAUGUCUCCAUGCCGUCAUGAAGGCGAGGAAGGGUGGUGUUGGGAUGGGAGAUGGGGCGAAGAAGGUGAGGUGGGAUGGAGUUGGGUUGGGGCUGGGUUAG